AUGGUGGGGGGCGUGGCCUGUGUCACAGCGGAGACGACAAGAGCAGCCGAAGCAGCUCCCCCGCAUCCCCCAUCCAGGGACCACUGGGGGUGCUGCCCACGGCAGACGACAGCACCAGCAUCCCCCAUCCAGGGACCACUGGGGGUCCUACCCACGGCAGACGACAGGAUAAAUGCCUACAUCGAGGAGGAGGUUCAGAGGAGGCUCAAGAAGCUCAACCUGCUGAAUGGAGACAAUAACCUGGACCUCUCCCUGUCCUCCAGGUCCCUCAAGGAUGAUGAGAAGUUGAACAACAAAGUUGAUCCCAGAAGACUAAAGUAUGAGCGCCUGGUGUCGGUUCCUCUCGGUCCGUCCCCGGAGAGCCUUAAGGACCCCGUGAAGAUAAGCAUCCCUCGCUACGUGCUGCGUGGACAGGGCAAGGAUGAGCACUUUGAGUUCGAAGUAAAGAUAACGGUGCUGGACGAAACGUGGACAGUGUUCAGGCGUUACAGCCGGUUCCGCGAGAUGCACAAAUCCCUUAAGAUUAAAUAUCCAGAGCUGGGCGGUCUGGAGUUCCCUCCCAAAAAGCUCUUUGGGAACCGCGAUGAAAGGAUGGUGUCUGAGAGACGAAACCAUUUAGAGCGCUACCUGAGGAACUUCUUCCGGGUCAUGAUGUCUCCGUCCUCCUCGUCCCCGCUGAAGGCUCAGGAGGGAGGGGCGCACCUGUCCAAGCACGCCGUCUGCGACAUCUCCCCCUUCUUCAAGAAGGGCGUCUUCGACUACAGCAGCCACGGCACUGGCUAAACUGACCCCAGACAACGGGCACCACCAGGGGCAGAAAGAGAGAGAGAGAGAGAGAAGAGAGAUAGAACCCAGACAGAGACUCGGAACCGGGAACAGAACGAGAAAGAGAAGGGAGGAUCAGAAGAGAGGAGAGAGAGAGAGAGGAGAGGAACGAAAAAGAAGAAGAAUCGACAUUGUGCCUUCCUCCGGUAGUAGGGUGACACCUCUGCAUCUACUCAUCCCACUAACCCAACUCCAGUGCAAAUACGCAAGCGCUGAAUUCACGCGGGGACUGCUGCUGAGUUUAUCAGCACCGAUCGACGCAUUUGCCUAAAUAACCGCAAACAGUUAGGUAAGCUCCGGGUCAUGUGAGACAAAAAGGAGAGCUUUUAAAAGAACCAAAAGGCAAAAAGUGGCCCCAUUUUGAUUUUUCCUUUUAACUGAAAGAAAAAAAAAAGGCACUACACCUUGAAACAGAGUUUUGGUCAGAGAUCAUGAAGGAGGAAGAAAACACAGCCUUCUGACUCCUCUUUAGGGUCGAAGCAUAUAAGUGCCAGAGCGAAGACCAAAAGGAUUGUGGAGGACCACUACAAAGGCUGAAAUGCUCCACUGAUCCUUACUCCCACCCAAACGAGGCCAAUACUGGACGACUUGUAUAAAUACAGAGUCCUGCUACAAUGACCCUUAUGACUUGAAUGAUCAUGUGUCACAGUAGCUGUCAAAGUUCUAUUCUCAGAAACCAGUUGCUGCUUAUUCUAAUUCUAAUCAUGGCCGUGACACUAAAGAAACAGAAGAUCUAGCCUAUAGCAUCUUUGCCUAGUCUGCAAAUACUUGACAUGGUGCAAUAAUAGUUGUCAGUGUGUAACGAAAUACUUCCAAACCAUCAGAUGGAUGAUGCUGUUUGAUCAGGACAUUCCACUCCACAGCAAAGCUCGACCAUUAUGUUUAAAUCUUCCCAUCGGCUCAAAUAUAUCAGUAAUAUGACUCCUUUGCUGGGUAAUAGUCUCCAUAGUAUCCAACGGACACUACAUUUACUAUGUUGCAUGGAUCAUGAGACGACACAAGUAAUAACUACAUUUCUAGACGACCAGUAAUAACCUUUAUUAAACACAUCACUUCAUCGUAUAUAAAUCAAUGUUGCGUCAAUUGGCAGGGUGCUCUUGUGGCACACACGGGUUUACUUCGGUCUUCCAAAGCAUGAACUCUAAAAAGUCACCAUCCGUGGGCAACUACUAUUAAGACAUGGAAACGUACUGUAGCUAAAUAUUUUUAAUUCUACUGAAACGAGAGAGCGUACAUAGGUAAAUGGGCAAAUACUAUAAGCCUAAAUGCUAGUUUUGUAAGGUUAUUGUUUUGUUUUGUUUAUUCACAAGACGAUUUUAGUCACAUUUCACCAAAUGUAUACGCACAUAUGAAUGUUUUACCUUUAAAGAUCAGUUAAACAUUGCCUGUACAGCCACGUAGCACUUAGCAAACACAUAUAGAAGCCAUACUCUCAUAGAAUGUAUAUUUUGAACAGGAAUACAUACUGUAUUCAGUUUGUAUAACGAACUGCAUGAAACCACAACGUUGAUGGGUAUAAAGGGACUACUUUCUAAGCACUUUCUUCAUUUCUUUUUGUUUUAAUGGAGAUUUGUUACCUGUGUGAAAGCUUACGUUCAUACAUUGAGGUUUGUACAUUAAUUUUUUGUGUUGAUAUUAAGGUUAAGCAUUAGUGAUGAAUAGUUCCGUUUGCUGGUUAUGUUUUUUUUUUGUUGUUGUUUAAUACUACUUUGGGAAAAACAUGUACAUUUUAUUCACUGGUUGUACAUAUUGGUUUGCUUAACUAAUAGAUUUUCACAACAGCAUCAUUGUAUUUGUACAUCUGUUGUUAAAUCAUUGUAGUUUCAUUAAAAAAAAGGACAUACUGGUCA